AUGUUUUCUUCUUUUUAUCUGAUUUCAUUCCUUCAUUUAAUCGAAUUUUAUUCUUCUUUCUUUUAUAGAUUUCAUUUUCUUUUAUUCUGUAGUUAUCCACUUACUUUCUUCAUCCUUUUUUUUGUUCUUACAUUUUUUUGUAAAAAUCAUUUAUAUAUUCAUUUAUUUACUUUCUUUUAUGUCAUGUCUACAUUUCGGUUGAUUUUUUUGUAUUUCUUUCUUUCAUUCUUUCUUUGUUUCUAUGUUUAUUUUUCUUUCUUUCUAUAUUUCUUUCUUUCUUUUCCUAAUGUGUUAUUUCUAUUUAUCCCUCUAUAUCUGUCAGUGUAUUCCUACAUUUUUCUUUCUUUCUUUCUUUCUUUCUUUAUUUCUUUCUUUAUUUAUUUAUUUAUUUAUUUAUUUAUUUAUCUUCCUAAUGUGUUAUUUCUAUUUAUCCCUCUAUAUAUGUCAGUGUACUUCCUACAUUUUUUCUUUCUUUCUAUCUUUCUUUCUUUCUUUCUUUCUUUUCUCAAUCAUUUUUUUUUCAAUAUCUUCUUCGUGGAUAUCACUAUCUAUCUAUCUAUCUAUCUAUCUAUCUAUCAUCUAUCUCUAUCUAUCGGUGAAACCUCAUAUCUAUCUAUCUAUCUAUCUAUCUAUCUAUCUAUCUAUCAAAGAAGGGAUAUCUAUCUAUCUAUCUAUAUUAUAUCUAUCUAUCUAUCUAUCUAUCUAUCUAUCUAUCUAUCUAUCUCUCUAUAUAUAUAUAUAUAA